UAAUAUUCUAUGCUACCCCCUCCUCUCACUCACAAACACAGCCUGUCUCUGACUACCAUUAUAUUGAAUCAUAAAUCAAUUUGUAUACAAACUUUGAAACCUUGUAGUACUCAACAUAAUCUUAAACCAUGAUUUUAAUUCAAUAUUUUAUAGUAGUACAUUGGUCAAAAUAAUUUAUUAAUUAUCACAAAGAAACAAACAGUAAGGUGAAUGAAUAAUUAUAUAUUCAUUUUUAGAUAUUAAUUUCACUGCAAGAAUGAUUCAUUUAUUUGCACAAAUGAGGACAAUUUACCUGUAACAUUGUUGAAUGUGUACUAUGAUAAAAAUAACAAAGAUUGAACCAAAGAUCCACAAGUGUUUCUUUUUGCUUUCCUUGUUUUUCUCCUUCUCUUCUUUAAAGACAUUACCACCCAACCAAGUUAAACCUUUCUGUCUUCAACACUGCAAAAUUUUCAAGGCUUUUUCUAAGAACAUUUUUUACUAGUACUUAUUAUUUUUUUGUGUUGUAAAUGUUGCUAAGUUUUACAUGGGGAAGAAAGGUAGUAGUUCAUGGUUAACUGCUGUGAAAAGAGCAUUCAGAUCUCCAACAAAAGAUAGUGAAAAAAGAAGUGGUAGAAGAAGAGAAGAUUGUGAUCAAGAAGAAGAUGAAGAAAAGAAGAGAGAAAAAAGAAGGUGGAUUUUUAGGAAACCAGUGAAUCAUGAAACAGUGAAUAAUACUCAACAAAGUACACCAACAAAAUUGAAGCAUGAUGUGGUUACUGCUACAAGUGUGGCUUCAAGGACAGAUCAGGAUGAGAAACAUGCUCUUGCUGUGGCUAUGGCUACAGCUGAGGCAGCAAGAGCUACUGCUCAAGCUGCUGUGGAAGUUGCAAGGUUGACUAAGAGUUCAAAUCAUGCUAGGGAGCAUUAUGCAGCUGUUGUGAUUCAAACUUCUUUUAGAGGUUAUUUGGCAAGAAGAGCACUCCGUGCGCUUAAGGGGUUAGUGAAGUUGCAAGCUUUAGUGAGAGGUCACAAUGUUAGGAAGCAAGCAAAGAUGACACUUAGGUGCAUGCAAGCUCUUGUUAGAGUACAAGCAAGAGUUCUUGACCAAAGGAUAAGGUCUACUUCACAUGAAGGAAGUAGAAAAUCAACCUUCAGUGAUACUGCUAGUGUUUGGGAUUCGCGGUAUCUUCAAGACAUUUCAGAUAGGAAAUCACUAUCAAGAGAAGGAAGUAGUAUUGCAGAUGAUUGGGAUGAUCGUCCGCACACAGUUGAAGAAGUUAAGGCCAUGUUGCAGCAGAGGAAAGAAGCAGCAAUGAAGAGGGAAAAGUCCUUGUCCCAAGCAUUUUCACAACAGAUUUGGAGAAAUGGCAGGACAUCAUCAAUUGGAAAUGAAGAUGAACUUGAAGAGAGACCAAAAUGGCUAGAUAGAUGGAUGGCUACAAAACCGUGGGAGAAUAGGGGAAGGGCUUCAACCGAUCAAAGAGACUCUAUUAAGACUGUGGAAGUCGACACAUCUCAACCUUAUUCAUAUCUAGGAGCAAAUUACAGAAGAUCACAUCCAAAUUAUCAAUAUAAUCCACAUCACCAACCACAAAGACAUUCCAUUGCUUCACCGCUCCAUAGAUCACACCAAAAUGGUUCCGUUCACAACCAAUCCACCACUACUCCAUCUCCAGCAAAGUCAAGACCUAUUCAAGUCCGAUCGUCAAGCCCUCGCUGUGUUCGAGAAGAUAGAAGCUACCACCAUACCUCUCAAACACCAAGCUUGAGGUCUAAUUACCAUUACAAUGGGAACUUGUACCAAAAUAGCAGGGGUGGAACAAGUAAUGGUAGUACUAAUAGUAUUGCUUCUACUACUGCUUCAGCUACAUUGCCUAAUUACAUGCAAGCAACCGAGUCUGCGAAGGCUCGAAUUCGGUCACAGAGUGCACCAAGGCAAAGGCCAUCGACACCAGAGAGGGAUAGAUCCGGAUCAGUAAAGAAAAGGCUUUCUUUCCCUGCUCCUGAUCCUUAUAAUGUAGGAGGAGUUGGUUAUGGAAAUUAUGGACAUAGUUUAAGGAGUCCAAGUUUCAAGAGUGUGAAUGUAGCAGCAUCACAUUAUGGAUUGGAGCAAAAUUCCAAUUACUCUUCUUGUUGUACUGAGAGUCUUGGUGGCGAGGUUUCGCCUUCUUCAACCGGUGACCUUAGACGAUGGUUGAGAUGAGACGAUUCAACUACACUCAGUUUCAACCGCUCUGCAGCGACUGCAGAGGAUUCGGUUACAUCUAUGACACUUUAGGUUAUUUUUCACCAUUCACUUAUUUUAUUUAGGCUUUGUGUGAUGUUUAUUUUAGUAUUAACCCUUUUCACCCAAAAAGAAAAGAAGUUAACAUAGGGUGAACCUAAAAAUCUGAUGUUAGGAGUUGAGAGAAGCAAGUACUAUGUUGUUAGGAAGCUGAGAACCAUGUAUUGUGUUUUGGUUUUAUCAUUUGUUUGUUAGGAUGCCAAGAUAAAUGUUGGCCAUAUGUUCUGGCCUACCUCACUUGGGGUGUUGAAACAAUUGCCUACACAACAGGUAUGUCCUUAAAUGGACUGUCUUGUCACAAUAACAUGUAAUAUUUUGGAAUCUCAAUUAUGGUCGCCUUUUGUUUGCAAUGUAAUAUUUUAACCUUUGCUUUUGUUUUAA